ACAAGCCAAUACACAUACAUACUCAAGAAUAGUCUCUCAAAGUUAGCAACAAUGGCUUCUGGUGCUCAGGUGAAGAUGAUUGCCAUUGGCAUGAUGUUGGCCAUUGUGCUCGCCGUCGCUGCUAAUGCGGAACCAGAUCCCUCACAUAAGAAGGAUAUCUGCAUCGACAAGACGGACAAGGUUCCUGGCGCCACUGCCUGCAUCUGCUCCAAGAACUGUGCUUGUGCCGGAAAGUGCAUAUUAGCUGGUGGUGAUGGUGAUGAGGUCAAGACAUGCUUCGUCGAAUGCGUCCUCAAGAAUGACUGCAACUGUAAUGCUGAAGGUUCCAGCGACCCAGCACCACAGGCUAAUAAGUAGAGUGAGGUUCGAAGCUUCAACAUGCUGCCAGGUCUGCAUCCACACGUGCACAGUCAAUUUAAGUAAAUUUGGUUCACGGGUACUAUAAUAAUGUGUGUAUAAAUUUCUCGUACACAUGUAUCUGGCAUGACACAUAUUGUUGGAAGAGUUUCUACACUGAUAACAAGUUGUCAGUCACAGCCUAUAUUUAUGCGGCAAGUCACGAGUACGAUGACACUGCCGCAUAUAUUGCUGGAUACUAAAUAAUUAAGUAUGUGCGUGUAUAUGUGUCUCCUCAUUUGUAUCAUUGUAAAAAUAAAGUUGUAGCGCUGGCGCAUGGCAAUAAUUGUAUUUGGUAAUUUUAAUAUUAUGGAUAUUUCGUGUCUUUCUUUAGUUAA